GGAGGCGAAGCGCUCAUGCUCCAAGGUGACGGACUCGUUCCGCUUUCUCAUGCCGGCGGUGCGAAACGCGCGGGCGGUGCCAGCUCAAGCCGCUCGAGGGAAGACGCCUCCGUCCCGAAACCGACGCUGGCUUCCCCUACAUUAUGCCAACCACAGCCCAGCAACCGAAAGACUAGCGGCGCCUCUCCGGCGCCACCAAUCAGAGGCGGCCUCGGCCCACCUGACCUCCCUACGCGGUUACGUCACAGGGAAGGGCAAACGCGACUGCCUCCUGCCCCCGCUUUUAUUUAAAAAACAUGGUGUUGUUUUGCUCACAAAAAAUAUGGCUCCCGCGUCGUCGGAUGCCCUCAGACAUAUCUGAGUACAGUACAGUGUUGCAAACGCCUUUUCCUCUUCCCCGCCCCACUCUGCCCCGGCCAUUUUGAAUGAGGGCAACCGCGAAGUCACAAGCUUGCGGGCUGAACCGUUUGUCUUACCUGAACUCUGGGCUUCCCAUCCGACAUUGCGGCAUUAUUAUAUUAUAUUAAUUAUAUUAUAUUAUAUUAUAUUAUAUUAUAUUAUAUUAUAUUAUAUUAUAUUAUAUUAUAUUAUAUUAUAUUAUAUUAUAUUAUAUUAUGUUUUUCAGACCUGUAGUCAGUCAUCUACAUGUUAGAGGCUACACUCUGAAAACACGCUGCGGGCAGAUGUUCUUUAUAAAAACUUGAAUGCAAGGUCAUAUUUUCCAAAUCGCUAGUAAUAGCUAAGCUGCCUCUAAAAUUCCAGCAGCAUGGUUCUUAUGUUCCUGUUAUUUUUUUAAAAAAAAACUUUAUUGCAAAACAAUUUACAUAUAACAACACAGACAAAUACAAUAUCUUUAUGUUCCUGUUAUUAAAUGCUCUUUAACCUGACAUCCGACUGCCCUCCUCUUUUGCUAUAUGCAUUCAAGGGCUUUUGCUUUUUGCACAAUGCUCAGCAGGACUGGCGCACCUAUGAGGCAAGGUGAAGUGACCACCACAGGCAGCAGGAUCCACAGCAGCAGCAGAUCCAGCCUCUAAGGGAUACAUUGCUUACCACUGUGGCUGCUGCAGCAGCAGUGGCUUUGGGUGACAUGCUCCUUGGAGUCUGGAUCUGUCACCACCUCAGCAGCCCCACUUCAGUGUUGCCUCUACAUCAAGUCUCUCAGCAAAUAAGAGGCACUGCUGGUCUCCUCCUACCCCUAGGGAGGAAAUGCCCUCCUACACCUAGGGAGGCUGCCCUCUGGUCUCUGCACCCACCCAGCAUAAUUUAGGUCCCUUCCCUGCUGCAAUGGUUUUUGAUUCCCACUUCAACAGUUGGGUAAAGUUGAUUUGAUUCCCCCCUGUUCCCAAUGUAGAUAUUCACUUGUUCCUGAAGAAAACCCAGGACCUUGAGAUUAAGAGUCUCAUGCUCUGCUGACUGAGCUAUCCCAGUGUGUUUGGCUGCAUCUUUAUCUGUAUCUGGCUGUCUCCUUGUUGUCCUUCUGCUGGCAGGUGAAUACCGGUACUUUCUUGUCCCAACAGGCUUUUGGGAACUGACUGGGUUGGGGUUUUUUUCUUUUCUUUUGUAGUCAUUUGUAUGCUUUUGCUAGUUUUUAUAUAUGUAUAUGGUUUUAUUUCUAUCAGUGUUUGUUUUUUCAAUUAUUGUUUUUUCUAUGUUUUUAUCAGUUUUCAUUUUUAUCUGUAAGUCUCCUGCCUUCAUCUUCACCAUGGACACAAGCCAUGUACAACCCAUCAAGCUGGCCUGAGUCCCCUAAGUGCGGGACCACACUGGUUCUCAGAGACAUUGCACUAAAUCCGUGUGGAAUCCAUGGAUGACACCAGCCAUCUACAACAUGAAAAGUUCAGUCUGGGAAGGAGAAGAUGUGCUGGAGGCUGAACGUGAGGCCCGCUGGUUGUGCUGAGGAGCCCUGCUUUUGGCCAUAAUCCAGUGGGGUCAAAACUCUCUGGAGUGACAUGUUCGUAAACUGGUCAAAGCUGAUCUGUUCCCACCUCCCAACUUUUAAAAGGAAGGAAAAGGUGGGUUAAAUAAAAAUCAUCAUCAUCAUCAUCUCACAGAAGACUUACAAUGUGAGAUUUUUUACAAAUCGAAACAAAACCAGCUGAAUCAUGAAAUGAAUGUCACUGCAAAGCUGGCUCAGGAAGAAAGUGGAAAACGAUAUUUAAGUUUCACACAUUCGGUUGCCUGAAUCAGAUCCCCAACGAUCUCUCUUCCCGCCAGCUGAAUCCCUAACGGUGUAAACAACUCCAGAGGUUUCAAACACUGGCUAGGUUGUGAUACGAAACUCAUUGUAGUGUUAUUGCAAUUCCAAACAACCGCCGGCCGCGAGCUAUAGGAAACAUAUGCGAGGGAGAGCUAAGUUUGUCCCUUCGCUUUUCCCGUACCGUAAGAGGCGGUGCUUCUCCCCCUCGCCUCGCCUUCCUAUUGGCCGAGGAGUUCAGUGGCGCGGGUUUUACUGCCGCGCGCGCCGAGCGAAGGCAGUUGCGCGUCUGAGGGGAAUCGAGCAGUCCGGCCGCGGCCAUGUUCUGCGAGAAAGCGACCGAGCUCAUCCGGGAGCUCCACCGCGCGAGCGACGGGCAGCUUCCUUCCUUCAAUGUGAGCCUUUGGCGGCGCGGCCUCCCUUCCCUUCCCCCUCCUCCGAAGGGCCGCCCAGCCGCCCUGAGGGGACUUUUGUGAGAGAAGCGGGCGGGGGUCCUUCGGAACUCCCUGCCUCUUGAUACCAAGCCUUCCCUGAAUUCCUACUUAAUAAUAAUAAUUUUAUUAAAUUUACCCCGCCCAUCUGACUGGGUUUCCCUGAUACUCAGGAAUGGCGCUGUGGCUUUUACCCUGCUUUAGCAUUCUAACUUCUUGUAUGUUUUAAUGUAUUUUCCCCCGAUUUUAUUUUAUUUUUACUACCAAGCGGUGUAUAAAUUUUAUGAAACAAACAAACAAAUGAUUGGAUGGCUGGGAUUGCUCCACAAGGCUAUUCCUUCAUGAAGAUGGCUGUUAAAAGCAAAGAGGAUGGCGAACUGGAUUGGCGUUAAUGCCAUAAAGCCCACCUUGAUAGAGGGUUUGAUGGUGAGUGGGAAGAGGUAGCAGACUAAACUCUUGGUAGCCAUUUCCCUCAUGAUUUGAGUGAGUGGAUCUGGGAGUACCUGACUGCCCAAUAAAAUAACGUUCUACAAUAUAAAAGGCUUCCCAUUAAUUAUCUGGUUGGCUAGUCAGCCUGAGACUGAAAUCCUAUGCAUGUUCACUUGGGAAUAAGCUUGCUGGGAUUUACUUAGGGAGCAUUUCCCCACAAACGUUACAAAUAUAUGGAGAGGAAAGUUGGACUGAAAAUCUAAAUGACUACUGCGCCUGAAAAUCAGCACUGAGGUACAUCACGGUUGACUUAGAUGCACAUCUGACCAAUAAAUGUUUCACUGAUGCACCUGGAGAGAGAAAGAGUGGUCUAAGCUAUGUUGAUAGUACGCAUCUUUUCUUCUUUAGCUUCUGUAGAAAAUGCCCUGCAACCUACACAUGACCAUAACAGCUGAGUUUUUUCUAUGAGGCUUGUAAUCAUGCUGAACCACUCACUUGUACAAAUAUUUAGUCAUUGUCUUAUCUAGCAGCUCAAAAGGAAAAGAAGCAAAGGGAAAACUUCAGAAUAUUGAUAGAAACAAAUUCUGGAUAGUGGACAGAGAGGAAUAGAACUAGAAUAGAAAUAUGUAUGCAUAUUUGAGUGUAGAGGUGGCACAUGUUUCCUAUUUUACAAUGUUUUAAAUAAAUAUUCCAACUGGUGAUAUGCUGGCUAAAGGUGUCGGUUGAGUUGCAUAUAAAUAUUUCUGUGGUAAUGGUUGAUGGCUACUUCAAUUUUUAUAGGAAAAAAGGCGUGGAUUUUAUUUAUUGCGGUUUUUUGUUUGAAUUAGGCAGAGUAAUCAUGUCAAAUUAUUAAUGAAAUUGGUACUUUCCAUGUUGCAGGAGGAUGGAAUCAGACAAGUACUUGAGGAGAUGAAAGCAUUAUAUGAACAUAACCAAACUGAUGUGUAAGUAAGGUUCUUUCAGGAAAAACAGACCCAAAAAAACUCUGCUAAAAGAAUUACCGUAUUUUUCGCUGUAUAAGACGCACCAGACCACAAGACGCACCUAGUUUUUGGAGGAGGAAAACAAGAAAAAAAAAUAUUCUGAAUCUCAGAAGCCAGAACAGCAAGAGGGAUCGCUGUGCAGUGAAAGCAGCAAUCCCUCUUGCUGUUCUGGCUUCUGGGAUAGCUGCGCAGCCUGCAUUCACUCCAUAAGACGCACACACAUUUCCCCUUACUUUUUAGGAGGGAAAAAGUGAGUCUUAUAGAGCAAAAAAUACGGUAAAAAAUAAGUUGCAGAAGUGAGAAAUAAAAUACUUUUUAAUAUUAUGGAAACAACUUUAUAACUACCAUGAGUUUUCCACGUAACUUUGUGGCUGUCAACAGACUUGGACUUGAUUUAGUAGGCAGCGCACCGACCCCUCUCGCUCUCCAGGCUUCAGGAAGCUAUCCGCUAGCCGUGGGAGACGCAGCUCUCCCACGGCUAGCGGAGAGCUUGCCUGCACCCAGAAGCUUGGGGCGCGCUGAGCUCAGCACACCCCAAGCUUCGGGCUUCGUGCAGCCCUCCGCUAGCCGCGGAUAGCAGCCUGUUCUGGGGUCAGGGGAAGCUCAGGCUUCCCCCGCCCCAGCCCCACACCUGGGGGGGGGGGGGAAAUAAGAAUUUUUUUCUUUAUUUCCCCCCCAAAAAAACUAGGUGCAUCCUAUGGGCUGGUGCAUCCUAUGGGGCGAAAAAUACGGUACUUACUUUAUUAAAUUUGUAUACCAUCCAUCCAAAGAUCGCAGAGCAGUUCACAACAUAAAAACACAAAAUGAGAACAUAAAAUACACAAUAAAAGAUAAACUAACCAAUAAGCACCUUCGCACAAACACAUUUAAAAGGCCAUAGAAUGUUAAGCAGUCAAAGGCCUGGUUAUAGAGAAAUGUUUUCGCCUGGCAGCUAGAUAUAUGUAAUGAAAAUGCCAGAUGAGCCUCCCUGAGCAGAGCAUUCCACAAACAAGGAGACACUGCAGAAAAGGUCCAUUAUCGUGUUGCCACACUCUGGACCUCUCAUGGAGGAGGCACAUAAAGAACGGGCUCAGAUGGUGAUUACAGGGUGCUGGUUGGUUCAUAUGGGGAGAAGCAGUCCUUGAAGUAUUUUUACAAUGCAUUUACUUAUUGACAUUCUCAUUCAUAAUUGUUAUUUGUGUGUUUUAAUUAUUGAUGUUUAUUUGAUUUGUUGUGAGCUGCUUUUUGGAGAAGAGCAGCGUGCACAGAGUAAAAGAACUAAUAAUGCAGUCAUUGCAUGAUGGGCUAGGUUUACACACUAAUUAAAGUGGUCCCCCUAACCACAAUGUGUACUUUUAUGUUUCUUGCUUUCAAAGUGUAUGUAAUAUAGCUUAUCCUUCUAUUAUCAGAAAUGAAGCUAAAUCAGGACACAGUGAGCUGAUUCCAACAAUCAAGUUUCGCCACUGCUCUCUGUUGAGAAAUCGCCGAUGUAUUGUUGCAUACCUGUAAGUUUCUUGCAGUCAUCUGUGACUAGGGAAAUGAGAUAAAAAGCAUUUCAGAAAUUGUUUCCAAUUCCAAGAUUUUAUUCCUUCACUUCUGGAACUGGUAGAUUUCAGAGGGAUUUCCCAAGGUCACUGGAUUUGCAUGUUUGGGCUUAUCCAUUUAACCUCGCAAAUCAUUCCCUGUGAUUGAUACUCCUGUGAUUUGUAGGAGUAGUUUGAAUAGCCUCAGGCCAGGAGCUGGUAAACAUGGCACUAUAAUCCCAAAUCAGGGACUGUUACGAUUCUCCAUACAUUGAUUUUUUCAUAAUUAGUUAAGGAGUUAGUUAUCAGUUUAAAAUAAAAGUCUGAUUAAGAACACUUCGUUAUUCAUUAAGGGAUUAAAUGAUGUCUAUUUCUGAUUAUGAAUACUUUUGUUAUGCUACCAUGUUUGUUUUCUCAGGUAUGACCGCUUACUUCGCAUCCGGGCGCUUAGGUGGGAAUAUGGUAGCGUGCUGCCAAACGCUGUCCGAUUUCACAUGUCGACUGAUGAAGUAAGCCAAUUUGUUAUAUGUGUAGGUUGAAAGGACAAUGAUUGUACUCGAAAUAAAGGAAAGUAUACAGAGUAUAUUAUUAAUAAAUGCUGAGUAACUUAGCCAUGUAGGCACACUUAAAUAGACACUUGUUGUGAUUUAAUGUAAGCUGCAGCACAGUGGCAGAACGCAUGCUUUGCAUGUAGAACAUGUCAGGUUCAGCCCCCAACUUUGCCAAAUAAACUAAUCUGAUAUCAGGGCUGGGAAAGAUCUGCCCGAGAGCUUGGAGAGCCCACUGUCAGUCACAUAUUAACUGUGGACUGCUUACUUGCUAAUUCAUCACUCUUCUGUUGCACAUUGACAAAAAAGGAGUACAGUCAUACCUUGGUUUUCGAACUGCUUAGUUCUCGAAUGUUUUGGCUCCCGAACACUGCAAACCCGGAAGUGAGUGUUCCGGUUUGCAAACUAUUUUUGGAAGCCAAACGUCUGACGGGGCUUCCGCAGCUUCCAGUUGGCUGCAGCCAAUCAGAAGCCGCACUUUGGUUUCCGAAUAUUUUGGAAGUUGAACAGAUUCGAACUAUAUGCUCUAUAGAGGAGGCUAGAUAGAAGUAAGCAGUUCCAAAACUUGCACAUUACUCCCCUCAUAUCCCCAUGUCUUUUGUUUUAAAUCUUUAGGUAAUUUCUUGCUUGACAGUUUGAAAAUAGUAUUUCAGGAUUAAUUAAGCCAACUUUUUUAUAAUUCCAGGUGGUGUGGUUCAACCAGUAUAAAAAGUCUUUGGCUACCUAUAUGAGAUCUUUAGGAGGAGGAGACGGGCUGGACCUCACACAGGACAUUCAGCCCCCCAAAAGUUUGUACAUUGAAGUAAGUGAAAUUUAGAACUAUGGAAGGCUUAUUGUAUUUGGAUGUCAUUGGCAGUGUAGUCAUAUGUAGGUACUAAGAAGUCAGUUCCUUGUUUCAAACUGGAAGCAGUUUGUUGCGGGCAGAGGAAUCAGAAUUGUAGAGUUGUAAGGGACCCUGAGAAUCAUCUAGUCCAACCCCCUGCAAUGCAGGAAUACGCAGCAGCCCCAUAUAGUGUUCGAACCUGCAACCUUGGUGUUAUCAGCACCUUUUCACAGAAUUGUUGCAGUUUAUUAUCACAGAUAAUAACUAUUGUUUAACAGGGUAAUAAAAAGCUAAAUGAAACUUACUGAUGUGUUCAUAUAUUGGAAGUAUGACUCCUUUUGUCUACAUAUAGCUUUGUUGUUUAGUCGUUUAGUUGUGUCUGACUCUUCGUGACCCCAUGGACCAGAGCACACCAGGCACUCUUGUCUUCCACUGCCUCCCACAGCUUGGUCAAACUCAUGUUCAUAGCUUCGAGAACACUGUCCAACCAUUUUGUCCUCUGUCAUCCCCUUCUCCUUGUGCCCUCAAUCUUUCCCAGCAUCAGGGUCCUUUCUAGGGAGUCUUCUCUUCUCAUGAGGUGGCCAAAGUAUUGGAGCCUCAGCUUCACUAUCUGUCCUUCCAGUGAGCACUCAGGGCUGAUUUCCUUAAGAAUGAAUAGGUUUUAUCUUGUUGCAGUCCAUGGGACUCUGAAGAGUCUCCUCCAGCACCAUAAUUCAAAAGCAUCAAUUCUUCGGCGAUCAGCCUUCUUUAUGGUCCAGCUCUCACUUCCAUACAUCACUGCUGGGAAAACCAUAGCUUUAACGAUACGGACCUUUGUCGGCAAGGUGAUGUCUCUGCUUUUUAAGAUGCUGUCUAGAUAUACAUACAGAUAUUGCUACAUAUAGAUAGUUUUUCUUAACACAGACUUCCUGACAGUACUUUAAAUUUGAUGGUUAUUUGUUUCUUUUUACAGGUUCGGUGUUUGAAAGAUUAUGGAGAAUUUGAGAUUGAUGAUGGCACAACAAUUCUGUUGAAGAAGAACAGCCAGGUAUUUAUGAUAAGAUGGCAAACAGAGCAAGAACUCAAUUUGGGUUCCCUGUUGUUUAAGGAGCUAGAUGGAAGUGGUUCUCCUCUGCUUCUGGCACAGUUUAGGAUACAGAAAGUUGCCCUAUACUGGAUCAGGUACAGUUAGCCUAGUAUUUUAACUGGAGAUCCCAGAGAUUGAACCAGAGCCAACUCCAGGUUUACAUGGGCCCUUGGGAUUCUUUCAUUGUCCUGCCCCUCUGUCCUAUAAAAGUCCACUGGCUGAUGGGUGAGGGAAAUCUCACACACAGCAAGAAAAUUGGGAGGAGGAUGCAGCAGUGCUGAUGAAGAAACCAGUGGCAUGGCGAGGAAGGAAGGAGCAAGGAGAUGGUGCAGCUGUCUAUUUGUGACCUUCUGUAUGCAAAGUGUGUGCUAUGGUUCCUCCACACUCUCAUUAUGCUUACCAUUGUCAGCUUUCAUGUCAUUCUACUCAUUUUCAUGAAGGAAAACACUGGAGCCAUUUUAGUACUUUCUAUCUGGAAAGAUUCAAAAGCAUUUCAUUAUGUUGGUUUAUUUAAGACAUUUAUCUACUGCUUAAUCAUUCAUAUUUCUAAACAGUGUUAAUAACAGCAAUGCACAGAACAUGGGAUUUACAGUAGCUAUGGCUAAAAUAGCAGGGGUUAUUCUAUUAUUGGACCUCAUUUGAAAACAAACAGUACAGGUAGAGUCAGGAGUUACUACCUUAACUACACCAUAAAUAAGACCAGCUUUAGCUUUAUAAAGGGGAAGAUGAGAGAUUGCAAAUGUUUGCCUCAGCUUUGAAAAUUGUUUGCUUCCCCACAGCAUUUUUUACCACGCUGGAAAUGCGAGCAGUUAAUCAGGCAAGGAAUUUUGGAACACGUCCUUUCUUAACUUGCUGUUCGCAAGACUGAUUUAAGUACCUAUAAACAUUUUAGCAGAUUUUAAAUGGGGUAAGUAUAGAAACAUGCCACAGUGUCUUGUGCUUUUGAAAAAAAAAAUGCAGAGACUUAGUUACUGUUGUGGGAACUGCAUGGAUACUUAGUGAAGAGGACAAAGAAGAUGAUACGAUCAACAAUUUAAAAAUAUCUCUAUCCCAAAACAAGUGGAAUUUCUUUUAAGCUCAUAGCUUGCCUUCACUUCUGGACACAUUUUGAAGUAUCAUGUUUUUAUUCGCUGGCCUUUUUGUAUGAACCAGACAUCCUCUUACUGUAAAUGUCAUGCUUAGAAGAAAGCCACAACAUUUGUACUAUUAAGUGUGUGCAUUGUUAAAAGACCUUUGAAACGAUGUAAUGAUAAAGUUACUUAAGGAGUGGUACUGGUUAAGUUGCAGUUUAAUUGCUGCUAACACUUGUGUUUUCUCUCUAAGCUUUUAUGCUAUAGUACUCAUUGAGCAGGGCCUUGAAGUAGAUGAACUACAAGGCUCCUUCCAACUCACAGAACAGAGGUGGGCUAAGUUUUAUUUGGCCUGAGGCCUUGACCAGCAUUCAAGUGGCUGCAGGCCAGCAGUGGGUGUGACCAUUCCACAUGCACACAGAUGCCCACUUUCUACAACUGAUUUGUGCAAAUUGGCUGGGUGGAGAGACUUAUCACCCCCUCUCCACUCAUCAAAACAUCUAUCUGGUGACUAGGAAGGAGGUGAUUUGCACCCCGCUCUAGCUACCACCCACCUCAAUUCUGUGUCCAUUAUAAAUAAAUAAAUGGCUCCAUUGUCAAGCUGUUUCUUGUAAGAUGUUCAAUAAAAUUUUUUGCUGCUUGCACCUUUAGCCUGUUAGCUCUAGUCCUGUCCACUGGAGCAGCAGAGAACAUAUCUUCUGUGUGUCAGCCUUCAUCCUUUCUCUCCUCUAGUUAAACACACCCAAUUCCUUCAGUCUUUCCUCAUUGAACUUGCUUUCCAUACUACUAGCAAUCUGUACUGCCUUAUCCACUGUACCCUUCCAGUUUGUGCAGUGUCCAGAACUGUACAAAGGGACUCUAGAUGAUUCUGCAUAGUGCUGAAUAAAUUGCAGUACAAGAGUUGAAUGGUUAGAUGUAAAAUUAUAUCAUUUUGCCUUAAUUACCAGAUUGUACUUCAUUAAAUAUUUCCUGAUAUUUGAUCAAGAAUUUUAUCUCCAAUUUCAUAUGCCACAAAACUUUCAGAAGUUUCACCUGCAUUGAGGUUGUUUGUAAUGAGUCACUCUCAUUUCUAUCAAACUCAAGAGUAAGCUGUUCUUGAGCUUGUGCAUAACUUACUUGGUCACAGGACCACUGGUUGGGGGAGACUACAGGGAGCCACAGACUUUGGCUCUCCUCCUGGGCAGAAGAUAUAGAAGCAUGAUUAGUCACACCAACAGGGUAAAGAACAGCUUCUAUCCAUGGGCUGUUAGGCUGCUGAAAGAAAAGAUAACAACAGGGCAACUGACUUUCGGGUUUGGUGGGUGUGCGUCAGUAAACGGGGGGAAUUAAGACUAAGAGAGCUGAGUGCAGGGUGCUCGUGUAAUCUCACUGUAUACAAAUUGUACAAGUGACAAUAAGGUAUUUCAUU